AUUUCUCCUCAACCCCAAUAUAUAAUCUCAUCACAUCAUUAAUCUCUCCAAAUUAAUCUAUAAUCAUGGAGUUCAAUCUACCAAGAACAAGACAUGUGAUGACAUUAAUGUCCAUAGCAGACGUGGCUUCAUGGUACUGUGCUCUUCUCCUCGUUACUCUUUUAUUGCAAAGCUCUGUCAGAGAAUCGGCUCAGACGACAGCAAGUUAUGACUCCGACGAGGUUUUCAAAGGGAGAGGAAUCUCCGACAGAGGCUGCGAUGAGAUUUAUGUUGUGCAAGAAGGUGAAACGCUUCAGACGAUCAGUAAUAAGUGUGGUGAUCCUUUUAUAGUUGAGCGGAACCCUCAUAUUCAUGAUCCUGAUGAUGUUUUUCCUGGUCUUGUUAUCAAGAUUAUUUCUUCACCUCCUACACAUAUCUUCAGGUCCUAGGGUUUUUGUUUAUGCAGGUAUAUAGUUGAAGUUUACUAGUAAAAUUACAAACUCAAUUUUAUAUAUAUGAUUUAUAUAUUAUGAUAACUAUAUUUUAUUUUAGAGCAUA